GACACCAGAUAAAUUUAUCCCCACCGACGAAAAAAAAAAUACAUUCCUAAUUACAAUGCCGCCGCCUUUGCCCCAGGUAGGUGAACCACAUCCUCUCCAUUGAAUUGCUUGCGUGGAAAUCUAACAAUCCCUCCCACAGCCUCCCAUGCUAAACAGCACAGUAGAUAUCACGAAAUACCUCCGUUCUCGAGACGCACCUCUUCCGAGUCUCCUCUCCUUCGCCGAGAAAGUCCUACAAGACAACAAAGUAUUUUUUCCGCGGAAGGAGGAAUGGCUACUGGAAUGGCUGGUACAACGGUUAGGCGAGAAGGGUGAUGGAAGUGCCACUGCCAGGUGUAAUCCUAGGUUCUGGGGGAUGCUACUAAAUCUAUUGCGCACUUCGUCGCACACUUCUGUGGCCACUAUUUUGAAGAAGCAUAGUUUUUUGCAGGUCGUUGGGAAGACGCUAUUUGAAGGGAAGGCGCUGCCUGCUGUGGCUGUGGGGUAUGGACUCGGGGGUGAUGAUGCGGUCGACAUCGAUAGUGGAGAGUCGUAUCAUACGCCGCAGGAAGAGCCAAUGUCUGUGGAGUCAAGUGGGACGGAGGAGGGGUUUUCAGUUGCGGAUGAUAGAGUGGAGGCCUCGGUUUUGCAAUUGCUGCCGAGUGUCUAUCAUGUUCUGUCGUAUCUGCAAGAGCAAGCAUCUGGCGGGGCGAGGAGAGACGGUGGGGUUGUCGCAGCACUUCGUGGGACACCGGAGUUUGGAGCGCAGAUUCUUGGAUCGUAUUUCGAGGCUUGCUUGGUGUUAUUGGAGGCUGGGAGCACUGUUUCUGAAGAAUGGACGCGAUCUAUUCUCAAUGUAUGGAAGAGUUGUAUCCGGGGAAACCCCAAUUCAAAGAAGGCGAGUUCCCCACUGUUCCGGGCAUUGGGUUAAUAUUGACCUCCCACCGGUAGCUCUCAAGUAUAUUUUCUACUACCUGUAUUGUGCCGGUAAACAACCUCCUCGCCUUCCGGCCUCCCCAGCCAACAUUGCAACCGUAUCUAGAAGAACUGCUUUUAGAAUUCGUUUUCACACCAGAAAUAAUAUUUCCCAACACCCCUGGAAAGCCAUCCAAAGCAUCCUCCAAAGAGUUAACGGCACUCAUGGAACCACUAAAACCACAAACCACUGGCAGAAUCCAACUCUUCCGCUUAGCCAUAGGGCCACAACUCCGUCGAAGCAAGCCAGACAUCCAAACCGUCGAGGCCCUAAUGCAGGCGAUAAUACCCUUCUGCUAUGCAAAAACGUCUCCGGAAAUCUUCACAGACCUGUUAGAGCUACUAGCCGAGAAUGAUAUUAAUCUCUCAUCCGAAACCCUAUCACUUAUUGUUGACGAGACGUCAGGCCUUGCGAGUGGGGGGGCGCGGGAUGUGAGGUGGAGACUAAUUGACUUGGCACUAAAACUCGACUUUGACAUUUUUCUAGGAGGGAGCAGCCAAGGGCGUGGGGAUAACCUGAUCCAUGCCAUUGGUCACGCCGGCGUCGGCGACGACGGCAAGCAGGUACUCAAGACGCUAGGAGUCUUGAUCGAAAGUUACGCGAAAGCUCGGAACCUCGGCGGCUUUAUCGAGAUAUGGGUAAGAGAACUACGAUCACGAUCUGCGCUAUGGGAGAAUGAUGCAGUAGCAAAAAUGAUAGGAGAGAGGCUUGAGAAAAGUCUUUCAGGUCUCCAGAUCGAAAAGAUCUUCAAGGAAGCCUGCGAAGCGGGUUCAGAUUUUAACUGGGUCCUUAUUGAUGCGCUAUUGCGAGGCGUGAGGGCUGAAGCAACUGAGUCUAAGAUCAAGAAGUAUCUACCGAAGGUUGUGAGCGCUGCGGAGACAUCUGCGAGUGGAUGGCGGAGGUGGAGAGCGCUACUUAGGGUUAUACAAAUAGAUAAGGCUGCUGUCGAUCAGGAAUUUAUCCAACGAGUUAAACCUAGUGCUGGGAAAGAUGUUGACCCACGGGAAACGCUGUUCUUUAAGGAAUUCCAGAUUGCUCUCGUCAGUGGUAAUGGCGUCUCCCCUCCGGAGGAUGCUUUAGACGUUGCUUUGUCGUCUACUGGUGGUGUAUGGUGGACUGGUUCUGUGAAGGAUAUAAACAACCAGAAUCUCUGUCUCGCACUGAACACGGGGCUUGUCAACAACUGGCUGGGAUCAAUUGAGCAUAUAGGGAGUCUCCCCGCAAAAGAGAAAUUCAUAGACCACUUUCUGGAUAUGGCGUUACACACUGAAGAUAGUGAAGAGUCACUCAUUACCGCUCGGAGUCUCUGGUUGAAUAUGCUGGCUAGUGAGGAGUUUUUCGAACUUCCGACGCUCAAAGGUAAAUACUCUGUAGGCUUUACCUGCCAUAUCCUCACGUAUUUCACACUGAUUAUACUGGAUAUCUAGACAUCGCCAUGGCUGGUCUCAUCCGCCGCUUACGGCCCUUCUCAGACAUGCACUGCACUUCCCAGUCCUUAAACAAGACCACAAAAUACCGGCAGGGAACGAAUAAUGAAGCCAUCCAACAAUACACCUUCGUAAUAGAUAGCAUAGCACACUACCCCCCUGAAGCAAUAAAGCGAGUAACCAGAGAGAAAAUCCUAGACACUUUAGUUCUCCUCACCCCCAACCCCACCUCGACUAGCGGCAACCCCUCCUCCGAGUUGGAUUCCAAGGUGCUCCAACUAAUGGACAAACUCUGGACCCUUGGAAACGCCAGUUCGUUCUUGGCCACCGAUGCUGUGGGAUUGGUGGAAUGGGCCAGUAGACUGAGUGGAGGUAUCGCCAGGAAGAUUCUGAGGCACACAUUUUCAACAAAGGAGCAAGAACGCAGCCGGAGGUUCCUAGCGAACGUGGCGAAAGCGGCAGAUGAAGUGCCAUUAUCUGCGGUGGAAAAUUCCCAAAGGGCGGUUGUAAUUAUCGAGGAGUUUUGGAAUGCUGGCGAGGGGAGCGUCGUGCGGGGGCUAAAGGAUAAAUUGAUGAUCAGCCUGGAGGAGCUAUUAGCGGAUCCCGAAGGUGGCCGGGAUGCUCUCCCCGAUGUAGCUUUUAUGCAGGUAUGGCGAAAGUGCUGGAUCCUUCAGAGAGGUGGUCCAAAGGGGUGCCGGACAGGUAUACAACCCCUCACGGAUUUCUCCACGUUCGAACACACAGCUAACAUGUACUUUUAAAGCAAUGGAAAUUGCCCGGCAUGUAACUCGCUCAGCGAUGCAACAUGGUCUAUCGGACUUGCUCCGCGAUAAAUCACUGGUGGAGGGAAAUGAAAUCCUCGGAGUGGUUAGAGAGGCGAGCAUUCUCUUCUGUGCUUCUUCGGAAACUUCCGAGCAGGCGAUAGAAACUACAGCGCUGGUUAUCAGCAUGUUGGGGUCCGAUUCUACUGAGACGGUGGGCUUUAAUUCUAGAGGAAAUAACCACCCGCACAAGGAUGGGUGUAGACGGGAGCUGAUCACCGCAUUUAAAGAAAUGACCGAGAGACUUGAACACGACGCCUUUGAGAGUUGUCUUGCCGCAAUUGUUGACGGAUACCUACUAGAGAUCACGGAAAACGCCACAUCCGGCCCUAAAUAUAGAGAGGUCUUAAAAGCUAUAGUCGCAAGUAUCAAAAGUAAGCAAUACUCCUCCAAUCCGCACAUCAACGAAGCUGAGGCCUGUGGCAUAGAACCCAACGAUGAGCCCACCAGGAAAAGAAUGGCUACUUGCGCCUCAAAAACCUUCUCUAAGCUCUCUCGAAACCUACAUAAAAUGCCCACAGCAGAGGACUUCCUAACAGUAGCAACAUGUAUGGAGGCAAUCCUUCAUGACAAAGUAUCCCCUGCCCUGCCCUCCUUCGUGUUUAAAGAGCUGACAAGUAAAGCACUGGGUAAUCCACCAAUCCAAUAUCGACGAAUCUCUCACGGCGGUUGCACUCUCCACCAGCCCCUCCUCCGGUCCGCAUUUCAACACCUCUAGCCCGGACGAGAUUUACCUCGCGCUAUGCAACCUAGCACGCACAGUUCUGACCCUCCAUCGCCGCCGGAUCCGCGGCGGGCGCUACCACCUCGUCAUUACUACUCUACAAUCACUACUCCACUGCAUAAUCAAGCGAAAGCCCGCCAGUCUUCGCAAGAAGUCCGACAAGGCGAUUCAUCCUCCUUGGCUGCUCCUCACACACUCUCCCAUCCCCACGCAACUCCCGCCUGGGGUAACCCCAGUGGGAGUUAAUGAAGGCUUCAAUCGCCUGCUUGACACGUUCUGUGAGCCGUCAGUUGGAUCGGUUAGACCUAGACAUGCGGGUGCAGCCACAGGAAUAGAUAGCGAGAGGGAGAAGGAGAAGAGGGAAGUAGCGGGGUGUGUUGGCGGGCUGCUAGGGGAGGUGUUGAAGGGCGGGUUAAUGGGCGGGUUUGAAGGGGACGUCUCGAUUGGCGUUGGCAAGAUCUUUCAAGUUCUCGGUGGCGAGGGGGUGAAGGUCUUUGCCCGCGGGCUAGACGGUGAAGGGAGGGCGAUGUUGAGGGGUAUGUGGGAGGAGUUUAAAAAGGGGGAGGGAGGUGAGAUGUGGUAAUUGGGGUUAUUCUGGAGAAUUUCUAUUACAUGAUACGCUAGGGGUUAUCAAAAGCACUGUUGAAUUUUACGGGGAACAGGACGGGUGGGUUUAUAUUGCUGAUGUCAUUCUCCGUGCUGUGCUGCUGCUAGAAAAUUUAAUGAUAAUAAUUAUUAUAAUUCUUUAG